AGUUUGCAAAGAAGCUUCUGUACCUCGAGGGGCUUUCCCUGCAGACGCGUUCUCGUAGCAGAACCUUCUUUGUUUAAAUCAAGGCAAGCGCUUGCACAGCACGAUGACAAUCUUUGUCAUAUUUCUGAUCCUAGCACACUGGAAUCUCUCGAUAUCGGCUCGCAACCUUGUGAACGAGGCUCCGCCUGCACCAUUUUACGUAAAUGUGACAACCGGUGGUUUGUUUGACGACUUACCGCGAUGUUCUCACACCUGCAGUCUGGCUGUUCUAGAAUACAGUGGAUGUAAUGCAGUAGACCAAGCUUGUAUCUGCGGCGACCCUCAGAUCCCACAUCAGCUGGAUGUAUGUUUUGACAUGUAUUGCUCUCUUCCCGAUUAUUAUGCGGGUAAAUAUUCGAUUCACCUGGCUUGCCAUACAGAAGUUCGAAAUCGAUCCUCGAUGAUAACAACGACAGCAAUUACUACAGCGAGUAUCGCUCUUGUUGCUGUAUGCUUACGCCUCGUCACACGUACAUCGCCGUUCUCCGUGAGAUGGGGUGCAGAUGAUUGGGUGGUGAUCGGUAUCGCACCGAUAGCUGGGGGCCAGCUUAUAUGUCUUCUCACAAUGGUCCACUACGGCUUUGGACAGGACAUCUACAUGCUAUCACCUGCCACAGUCGCGAAUGCUGCAAAGUACUUCUUCGUCAGUGAACUGACUUUCGUUAUACUCACCUUCUCUACCAAGAUAGCCAUCCUCUGCUUCUACCUCCGCCUAUUCCCGACCGGGGAGAUUCGAAAGGUCACCUAUCUCUUGAUCGCUUUAUGCGCAACUGCCAUGGUAUCGAUAUUCUUCGCUCACCUGCUCCAAUGCUGGCCGAUAUCUCACCGCUGGCGCAUGUACCUUGGUGAUAAUGCAAUGCACGGAGAGAACCCGCCGAUGUGUGCAGUGGACAGACAAGGCCUGAACUUUGCCUUUAGCAUCCUUAAUCUUGUUAUCGAAGUCGUCAUUAUUUCGCUGCCUAUCCCGAGGCUUUUGAAGCUGCAGUUGCAAUGGUGGAAGAAAAUUGAAGUCGUGUCUAUCUUCGCCUUUGGAUUUGUAAUUUCCAUGAUCGCAAUCACACGGCUUUCAAUCACGCUUACAGCAUUCUACACUUCUAAUUUCACGUACGAGGUUGUCCCGGUAUCAUUCUGGUGCGCUAUCGAAGUCUACAUAAGCAUUUUUAUUGUUUGCCUCCCGCAGGUCCAUCUAGUUGGCAAAGCAAUUACCCAGCAAUGCUUCAAGAGCAAUAAUAUCGAAAUUAAUAAGACGAAUGAUGCAAAGCUAACCUACAAGGUGUAAAAAGGUAGUUCUCACACGUCUCAGCAAGGUUAUAACAUAGUCAGUAUAAUCUCUUUAAUUUAACCCGCUGCUGUCAAUCCAUAUUAUUCCACACUAUUUCAUGUAACUCUCUCUAGCUCUUCACCUUACCUUCUCUUGGUCUCCACUUGACUAUCUUGC